UCUCACAGUCUGUUCGAGUCAGGGGAACAGGUUGGAAAGAGCCCGACGGAGGCUCGUACAAUCAAAUACUGUUGGUUGCAGGUUGUAACCGGAUCUAACACACAAGCUGGAAGGGCUCAGUGCAGCGUGGGUGCCCAGGGAUCCACUGCCUGAGUGUGGGGAGAGCAGCGGCCGAGACCCCAGAGACAUGAACCACACCAAGGGUGGCCUGGUCAUCUUCACCGCCAACUCGCACCCCUCGAGCCGUGAGCUGGGCAAGAGGAUUGCAGAGCGUUUAGGGGUGGAGCUUGGCAAGGUGCAGGUGUACCAGGAAGCUAACAGAGAAACGCGGGUACAGAUCCAAGAGUCGGUGCGAGGCAAAGAUGUCUUUGUCAUCCAAACGAUGUCAAAGGACGUGAACACCACCAUAAUGGAGAUGCUGAUCAUGGUGUACGCAUGCAGGACGUCCUGCGCCAAAAGCAUCACGGGCGUUCUCCCCUACUUCCCCUACAGCAAGCAGUGUAAGAUGAGGAAGAGGGGCUCCAUCGUGUCCAAGCUUGUUGCAUCAAUGAUGUGUAAAGCUGGCCUCACCCACCUCAUCACCAUGGACCUCCAUCAGAAAGAGAUCCAAGGCUUCUUCAACAUCCCAGUGGACAAUUUGAGAGCCUCCCCGUUUCUGCUGCAAUAUAUCCAGGAAGAGAUCCCCGACUACCGAAACGCUGUGAUUGUUGCCAAGUCGCCAGCUUCUGCCAAAAGGGCUCAGUCGUUCGCCGAGCGGCUGCGUCUGGGUAUCGCAGUGAUCCACGGAGAAGCUCAGGACGCCGAAUCAGACCAAGUAGACGGCCGACAUUCCCCACCCACCGUCAAGACCACCGGAGCCAUUCACCCCAGCAUGGAGAUACCAUUGUUGAUCCCUAAAGAGAAGCCCCCCAUCACUGUGGUGGGAGACGUCGGAGGACGCAUCGCCAUCAUAGUGGAUGACAUCAUCGAUGAUGUGGACAGCUUCGUGGCAGCAGCGGAGACGCUGAAGGAAAGAGGGGCCUACAAGAUUUUUGUCAUGGCGACACACGGCCUCCUCUCCUCAGACGCCCCCAGGUUCAUAGAGGAGUCGGCAAUCGAUGAGGUGGUGGUGACCAACACGAUUCCCCACGAACUCCAGAAGCUCCAGUGUCCAAAGAUCAAGACGGUGGACAUCAGCAUGAUCCUGUCAGAGGCCAUCCGCCGCAUCCACAACGAAGAGUCCAUGUCCUACCUGUUCCGCAACAUCGGAGUGGACGACUGAAUAACCUGUCUCACUCUCUCUCACACACACACACACACACACACACACACACACACACACACACACACACACACACACACACACACACACACACUUUGCCUUCUCAGUCCUCUCCUGAUACAUAGAUGAACGAUGAGCGUAGUCAGCACCCUGAAGUGCUACCUCUAUCAUAACAUACGAAUAUGAAUGCUAACCUGUCCUUUGAUUGCAGCUGAAGGAUGCGGUGACUGAACACACACUCUCAUGCAUGCGUAUCUAAGCACACCUAGUUUUGUUCAUAGCUUUGACCAAACACACACUCUCUGAUUAGUGUCCCCAGUGGAUAUUAAGGGAUUACUGCCGAGCUCUCCGGUGGCUGCGCUCCACACGCCUCAGUUCCUUUUGUCUUGUAUCUUUCCCCCAUAGAAAUGAUGUCGAGGUUAAAUCAGCUCAUGUUAGCACUCGUUUGUUAGCACUGAAUGUGUCUGAUGUUAUUAGUAAAGGAGAUUGUACUGAUAAUGUCGGUGCCUUCCACAGGACACAACACACAGGCCUUCGCUGCUCUUUUACACCUCGCCCUCGUUAGCAACUCUGGAAUAUACGCUUCACAGCUAAUGACCACAUGUUGUGCAUGUUCAAAUCCAAAUGUGUGUUUGAUUAUUUCUGUGGUGUCUGAAUGUGCAACUAACACGGCUCAUUUCGACUGGUCCCAGCAGCCAUACGUCUGAGUGGAUGCCAUAGUGUUUAGAUGUUAAUCUGGUGUCAAAUCUACUAAAUGCUAAUGUUGACCUGCGUUUAACAGGAAGUCUUUGGAUCUUGAUAAUUGGAUGUUCCAUUUAAUGACAGUAAGUCAUCCAUGUAAAUGUGCCAUCAUCUCAAUACUUAGUGUUGAAUAUUUGUUCGUGUCACAAAUAAACACUCCCAGACUGAGGAGGGCUCUGGAUGAUUAAAACCUGAUGCUCCAGUUCCAGAUUUAAAGUGCAGUCAGUCUCUGGUUAGAAGUUUGAGGUUGUUCUUCAUAAACUGGAAAUCUUCCAUUGUUAGAUCCCUGUGAGGGAGACUGAAGAAGUUUGUUUCAACACAUUGUCCAAGUUUAAAUAAAACUUCAAACUGUGGCUAAAACAGGAAAAAUGCAUUUUUCUGACUAGCAAAACUUGACUGAAGCGGGUCUUUGUCACUUUAUCAGAUGCUCCCAAAAUGUUUUGUAUUUAUUUUCUGGAUUUAAUAUGAAUAAAGAUAACCUAUGAAAGGAAAAUGUC